UGGCAAGCCCCAGGAAGAAGGCUGGCAGUCAGAGUGGCCACUACAGUUCUCUGCAGCAGACCCUCUUCCCAGGCCAGACAGCUCAGCCUUUGCCAGUAGGUGGACCAACUUGGAAAUAUCAUCCCAACUGACCCUGUCCACGUGUCAUGUAUUUGGAUGUCCCAGAACUGGCAAGAAGUGACACAUCGCUGCUUCAUUCUCCAUUCACUCAGAAUUAAGUCCCACGGAGUUCAAUGAGGGCUGCCUCUCAGAUAAAUGUGCAGAAGAGGCUUCAGGCUUAAAACGGCACCGUCCCCACGCAUAGCUUGGCGGUGGGCCGCCGUCUGGAAGGUCCUCCCAGACUGGACUUCUGUCGAGUUUUUCACUGGCUUGGCUCAAGACAGAGGAUCCUAUAUCUAGCCCUGCUGCACACAGAUGCAUUUACACGUCAACGACAGCCAUUGCCAUUCCCAAAGAAAAGAGAACGAUGAUCUCCCUAACUAAGAAUCACUGAAAACACGAGGCGGGAAAACGUCUGCAUGGCGAGUUUGCAGAAGGCUAUACGUGUCCUAGGCAGCCUUGAGUAAGAAGGAAGCAAGGCGGCGGUCAGUCGCGAGGGGCAGAUUCAAAGCCACGCGAGCCAGCGACGUCAUGCCAAGUCGUCGCUGUCAGCGAAGGGGGGGCAAAAACGGACGCGCCCGAAGAAACGCCCGCCUGUCGCUGAGCUAGCCAGGCCACGCCGAGCGACUGCCGAGCGAACGGCUCGAUGAGCUCGGCGCUCCCCGCCAUUUUGGGCGCUUGAGUGGCCGCGGAGUGACGGUGGCGGGUGGAAGGACACCGGCCCGUUGCCCCUCCUCCCCGCCCCCCUCUGCCGGGACCGCGGAAAACCCAUCUCUCCAGGCACAGCUUCCAAACAAACAAAGAAAAGACUGUGUUGCCACCGAAUGCAGCAAAUUAGAAAUCAUGGAUCUGAAAUUCAAUUCCUCUCGGAAAUAUGUUUCUAUCAGCGUACCUUCAAAAUCCCAAGCUAUGUCUCCACAUAUAAAAUCAGUAGAUGAUGUUAUAGUCCUUGGUAUUAAUCUCAGCAAAUUUAACAAGCCUACCCAGUUUUUCAUUUGUGUUUCUGGAGUUUUUCUGUUUUAUCUCAUUUAUGGAUAUCUGCAGGAACUGAUAUUUUCAGUGGAAGGGUUUAAGCCAUUUGGCUGGUACCUUACAUUAGUGCAAUUUGGGUUUUAUUCCAUUUUUGGACUAAUAGAACUGCAGCUAAUUCAGGACAAAAGGAGACGGAUUCCAGGCAAAACCUACAUGAUAAUAGCUUUUCUAACAGUGGGGACAAUGGGUUUAUCAAAUACCUCCUUAGGAUAUCUGAAUUAUCCUACCCAAGUAAUCUUCAAGUGCUGUAAACUGAUCCCAGUUAUGAUAGGAGGAGUCUUUAUACAAGGAAAACGUUAUAAUCUAGCAGAUGUUUCUGCUGCAAUAUGUAUGAGCUUGGGCUUAAUAUGGUUUACUCUAGCUGAUAGCACAAUUGCACCGAAUUUCAACUUAACAGGUGUGGUCCUUAUAUCCCUUGCCCUCUGUGCAGAUGCAGUUAUAGGAAAUGUACAGGAAAAAGCAAUGAAGUUGCACAAUGGAUCAAACUCUGAAAUGGUUUUGUAUUCCUAUUCAAUAGGUUUUCUGUACAUUUUAUUGGGACUGACAUGCACUAGUGGCUUAACCCCUGCAGUAACAUUUUGCUCAAAGCAUCCAGUUCAGACAUAUGGUUAUGCAUUCUUGUUUUCCUUGACUGGAUAUUUUGGAAUCUCCUUUGUUCUGGCUUUGAUUAAAAUCUUUGGAGCACUUUUGGCAGUAACAGUAACAACAGGAAGAAAAGCAAUGACAAUUGUACUUUCUUUUUUGUUCUUUGCAAAGCCAUUCACAUUCCAGUAUGUGUGGUCAGGCUUAUUAGUCAUCCUUGGUAUAUUUCUCAACGUUUACAGCAAAAAUAUGGAUAAAAUCAGAUUGCCUUCCUUACGCAGUCUCUUGUAUAAAUCUGCUGAAGAAAGAAAGACAAGGACGUUGUCCCAAACAGUGUAGACGGUGGCUUGUGCCACACAUUGCACUGGACUGUUCUAUUAUGUCAUUGCAAUAGUCUCCGACUGAUUUGUUUUCCAAAGGGAAUUACACUAAAACCAAAGGAGUUGAAGGCAUUCUGUCUACUUGUGGAUGGCUAGACAUCAACAUUUCACAAAAGCCUUCUCUUCGGAGCUUGGAUCUCAUCUGAGGAGGAGGCUUAGCCUGGAUAACGCCGUUUGACAAUGAACUGUGAAGGAUAGCAUCUCUGGGGCAAGCUAUUGCAAACCUUACUCCAUAUAGGAAGGGUAUGAAUGAUUAAUUUGGGCAUUUUAAUAGUUUCAAAGAUUCUGUGCUGCUGCUGCUGCUGAAAUCAGUGGGUCUUUGUAUUUUAUUGUUGGAUCUGGUUUAUUUAAAUGUAAUGUAUUGACACAUUGAAACUAAUCAGAACCUGAUUGACUAAACUGAAAGUUUAUGCCUGCAAAGUUUACAUUAUCAUGCCAUCACACUUCUUUUUAAAUAAAUUUUUAAAAAUUUA